GGAAGCCUAACGUCAUAAGCUUGCAACAUGGCGUCCCGAAGGCUGUGAGAUGAGCAAGAGGAUGGUAAAGAACGCUUGAGUACGAUCCUACCGAUGUGAUAAGCUUCAGGUGGUGCUCGUGUAGGAAGAGAAAGAGAGAGAGAGAGAAAGAGAGAGAGUGUGAGAGAGAGAGAGCGAAGGAAAGAAGGAAGGUGGAAAUGGAACUGCCAAAUCAUGCCAAACAACUGCUGCUGCAACUCAACCAGCAGAGGGCCAAGGGCUUCCUGUGUGAUGUUAUCAUUGUGGUGGAGAAUGCACUCUUCCGCGCCCACAAGAACAUCCUGGCGGCAAGCAGCAUAUACUUCAAGUCUUUGGUCCUCCACGAUAACCUCAUUAACCUCGACACAGAGAUGGUUAACCCCUCUGUAUUCAGACAAGUUCUGGACUUCAUCUACACUGGGAAGCUCCUGUCCUCGUCAGAGCAGAGCAAUGAGCAGAACUUCACGGCCCUCUUAACCGCAGCCAGCUACCUCCAGCUCCAUGACCUCGCUGCUCUGUGCAGAAAGAAGCUUAAGCGCAGUGGUGGGAAAUCCCUGCCAGGUAAACCCUCCACUCCAGGCCCCCUUAGCCGCUCACGCCUCAACAACCAGCGCCUUUCCACUUCUACCCCCGCUGGCCCCACAAACCACUAUCCUCCGACCCCAUCCGAUGUCGACCAGCCACAGCCAGAUGAAGGCCUUCGGGACAAGCUCUCAGAUGACGAAAUGUUUGUUGGCAGCUCUGGGAGGAAUGGCAAUGGGGGGAAUGGCAGCAGUAACGGAAAUCUCAGCAGUGGAGGAAGUGCUGGGGAACUGGACCUUGGACUAGAUCUUUCCAAGAAAAGCCCUCCCUCUGCGGGCACAGCCACUGAUGCCCUCAGCCCACACAGUAUCUCCCAAGAGUCCCCUCAAUCUGCCUCAGUAUCCACAACCAACAGUGCCUCACUGGAUGACUCCUCUACCACCCUACCAGGUGUUGACACCGGCUCAGAGACUAUGGAGCUCAACUCCUCCUCCAAAGCCUCAGAGGACAACCAAAACCAGCCAGAUGGCCCUCCACCCCAGAAGAAAUCUCGACAAGGUGCCCGCAAGAAUGAAUGGCCUAAGAGAGAGGCAUCAGGGUUGAAGUCUGAGGAUCAUGAAAGGCCCCUUGUUAACGGGGUGAUUCUGGGUUCUAAGGAUGGACGCUCCUCUGACCAAUCCUUCCAGUGUAAAGAUGAGGACGAAGGAGGUGAAAAUGGCCAAGACCACACUGAUGAGAGUGGGCAAAGUGACGGAGAGGGUGCAGGAGGUGGAGGAGGAACAGCAGGGGGAAACCACAGCGCCAACUACGUGUACCGACAAGAAGGUUUUGAGCCAGCAUUUGGGGACAACCUCUAUGUGUGCAUUCCCUGUGGUAAGGGCUUCCCCAGCUCUGAGCAGCUCAAUGCUCAUGUGGAGACUCACAAUGAGGAUGAGCUCUACAUCAAAGAAGAGGGAGGGACCUUUGUGAAAGAGGAAGAUGAGGAGGAGGCAGAGGACCUCUCUGCCCCUGUGGGUCCCUCUAGCUUUGGCUCUGAAGCGCGUCCGUUCAAGUGUACAGUCUGCAGUAAGAGCUACAAAGACCCCGCAACUCUGAGGCAACAUGAAAAGAGCCAUUGGCUGACCAGGCCUUUCCCCUGCAACAUCUGUGGCAAAAUGUUCACCCAGAGGGGCACCAUGACACGCCACAUGCGCAGCCACCUUGGCCUCAAGCCGUUUGCGUGUGAAGAGUGUGGCAUGCGUUUCACACGCCAGUACCGUCUGACAGAGCACAUGCGUGUCCACUCUGGGGAGAAGCCGUAUGAAUGCCAGCUAUGCGGUGGGAAGUUUACCCAGCAGCGCAACCUCAUCAGUCACCUGAGAAUGCACACCUCACCCUCUUAGAAACGCAUCAAGCCAAAGAACUCUGGGAAUAGAAAAAAGUUCUCUCCCUUUUUUUCCAUCUCAACAGCAAAGAAACGCACAUGUCCACAUUCACAUGAAAACACUCACAGUUCUUCAUAUUAAUUCCAGUUUACGAUGCCCUGGCUAAGUGAAAAAUGUAGCGGUUAGCCACAGUGGGCUCUUGGUGACGGUGGGAACUUGUUGAUGCAAGCAUCAUGUCAUCAUUAAUACCAAGCAAGAUCUGCUCACCUCUCAGGAGUUCUAGAGGGACAAUUACUCCUGUCUCUCUCCAAAGUCAGAAAGCCAUGGUGAAGUGGUAUGACUUCUGGUCUGCAUUACAAGUCUGUCAAAUGUGAAUGUGGGUACUGAUAUAAAGUCAAGCCUCCUCGCCUCAUACCCCUCAGCAGCCUUUCUCUCUUCUACCUGAGCAUUGAGUUUUUCAGAUUGGUCCUCUUACUGAUGAACUCAAAAGUCCCCUCUGAACUCCAGUGCUAUUUUGACCAAAAACCUGCGCAAACAAUACUGGCAAUAAUUCAGCAAAAAGAUUAUUUUUACCCUGACAGCUUUAUAUCCUUUGUUAUUUUGGUGAUGGGGAUCUGUAUGUAAGAGGAGGGGUAACUGGGUUUGGGACCAUCUCCAUGCUUUAACUGAAUGACCUAAAAAAAGGUGGAAUAACAUUGGAUUAUGUUUUAUUUUCACAGACCACGAAAACUCAAAGACCUCUAUACAGCUGUUCACAGUAAAACAGAGAGGAUUUUCAAUGUCUUUGGUUUUGCCUGCUAGUGCUCCCAGGAGAGAAUCCUGGUUCGAAACCCCUUGAGGUACUUGAUUUACUUAAAGAGCUUGUAAUGUUUCAGUGAAUGUUUAAACUGGAAAGUCUUGGGAUUUUUCUUGUUGAGGGGAGGGGUUGGGGGCGGCCUAAGAAAAAAGGUGUUUUAGACUGAAUGUUAUGUUCAGUGGGUACGUUUAUUUUUUUGUCUGUAUAGCUUUCCUCCCCUCAGAAAAAGAAAAAGUCUAUUUAUAUAGGCUUGUGACCUCGCUACCUCUGAUUAUUCUUACGAACUCUAUGUUGAUUAGUUGAAAGUUCCUAUGUAAUUAAUUGUAAAAAGUGUUUAGAUUAUGGUAACUUUUCACCUAAUGCUUUAACCUGCCCAUCUCUCAACACAGGUUUUUGAUGCUCAUAGGGUUUACACAUUAAUAUUGUUUUUAGCUGUUGUAUUUACUUGUCAAAUAUAGCUUUUUCGGGUGCCCUGGUCAGUGUGGCCCCACCUCAAGGUGUACUAUAGCUUCCUGCCUGGAGCAAUUAGUGGUUAGUUAGUGUAGAUGUAUAGUGUUCCAAAGAUCUUAUGAAUGUUGAGGAGAACAGAGCUAACUAACAUUGCUAGACAAGUUCAUAACCAAAGUUUUAAAAAGAUGUACUUAAGAUAUAUAGCAUACUAAAUUAUUUCACUUUUGAUUUUCCUUUUUUGCUGUAUAAAACAAAUUAUGAAUUAUAUUCUAAGUCCAGACAAAGAAAUCCACUCUUUUGAUGGAAUUUUGGCCAAUGACUCUGAGACUGAGGAAGGUUUUUGUGGUUUGCAAGGAAAGCUUGUGCUGAUUGGUGGGCCGGUAUGAAUUAAACUUUACCACCUAACGAAAUGGUGAAGUUUAAAAACGUGUUCCCUGAACAUGGUUUUCUUUUCGUUUGUAUCCAGAGUCCUUAUCACUUUAUAUUCCCUGACUUAAAAAACAGGACUUGAUGACAUUGUAUGUGUUCUGUUCAGACCAAAAAAAAAAGAAAAAGAAAAAAAAGAUAGGAAUUAUAAUCAGAAUUUUAAUGUGAAGUUCAAGUUGCUUGUUAGUUUUUUGAGCCAGACUUGUGAAAACUUGUAAUAAGAAGGGAGAAGCAGAGAUGCACUGGACAGCUGAACAACUCAUCGGUCCCCUGCGGCAUCCUUCUGUUUCUGAUUGUAUUUCAUUAUGUCACAGAAUGAUUUUAAAUUAUUUAAGACCUCUAAAGCUUUACCUCAUCAUAAGCCACCACACGUUGGGAAUGGCCCCUCUGUUAUCUGUCCAGUGUAUCUACUCUAACAGUUACACUGUGGAGCAUGAACCUUCACUACAAGUUUUUGGUAUAGGCAUUCCUCUAUUAUGUUGGUUUGACUGUCUUCUUGAUUUUUGUAUUCCUCUUUCGUCCUCAUGUUAUGGUCUGUGAAAUGUUUGUUAUCAUAGGGAUGCAGCUACAGUUACACAAACAUCACUACCGUUUAAAGGUACCUGCGUCCUGGACUCCCGGGGUUGUUACUUGGUUAUGUUGGAUGUUGGUGUCUUGCUGUUUAAGCAGUUACUGUUUAGUGAUUGCAUGGUACAUCUAUGAAUUUUUCACACUCCCCGACCCCCAACCACAAACAUGUUAUUUAUCGCCUGAUCGACUGUUGCUUGUGACCUCUUCUAGCUUAAGAGGGAGUCCACAAUGCAUUGCCUUCAAACGUUAUUGUACUUGUCAACACUUAAUGCAGUACAGCAUAAUGUCUGUCAUGCAAAAGGUGUUUUUAUACAUCAAGAUCUCUAGCCAUCUCUGCAAAAGACUUUGCAGCUGCAUUUGAAUGCUUGCUUGCUUGACAUAACGAUGAAAAAUCUACGAACUCCAAACUGUGACAAUACUACUACUAUUACUAUUACUACUAGUACUACUACUACUCAAAUACUUCAGGGAUUGUUCUGCAUCUGUGAAUGCAGACUCUCAGCUACAUUUGUAAGACAUAGUAUUGUAUCGAUUUCUCUGUAUUUUAAUCAUGGGAAAAGCAAAACACUAGUUUCGUAUUUAAGACAAACAGGGGGGUACUUUUUCAACUAACACAAAGAGCCUGGACAAAGGCGAGGCAGCUUGAAACAAGUCUACAUUUUAGUUAGUAACACGGUAUGUUAAGAAAUAGUUUCAAAACUGUAUAAAGAACUAAGAAGAAGAAGAAGAAAAGAAAAGCUCAUACCCAAAUCCACAAACUAUUUUUUAAACCAAAGCACAUUUGAAUGAUUAUGGAACCAUGUGUGGCUCUAAAAAGAAACAUAUGUAUUUAUCUCAUUGUUUACAUAAACUUUUACAGUUUUACAGACCUCAAUCGAGGCUCGGCCAGUCGGAGAGGUGAUUUUGUGUAUUUUUUAUGUUAUUUUUAAAGAUGCUUUUCCACAGAGGUUGCUGCCAAAACAAAAGCAUAGCGUCAAACAUGGGGUGAACUGCUACAUAUUCAAUUAAGGGGAGGGGCGUGUGGUUUAGGGGCUCCCCCCUCUCUGCCAGCUGGCUUUGGGGUGACCCUGCGCCCCAGUCCCCCUGCCCUCUGGCCUGUUUUCUGAUGGGACUGCAGCGAUGGGGGUGGGCAGUGCGUCCUUGACGUAUUAAUCAAAAGGCAUUGUUAGUCAGGGUGUUUAGCUAAAUUUUGGGUCUCUAUGUUUGCCCAAAUGCACUUGAGGACUACCUCUGCUGUGAGGGUCUCAUGAUGUAAUGUGGGUGGGUGGGUGACACUAGAAUGGUUUGGGUUGUUUUAGUAACAUGGUACAUCUCUCAUGCUGCCGGUUCACAAAACCUAUUUAGAGAAUGUAGUUUUGAUUUGUUCACUGCAUGUUAACAGGCCUAGCUGUUAGUCUUAACUGUGAAUGUUAUUGUCAUUUUUCUGCUUUAUGAUGGGUUUUUUUCUGCCUGUGUUCUGUGGGUAAAAGCAGCACAAACCUCUGGCCGGCCGGGCCUCAAACAAAGUUGGUGCAAACACUUAUUGACAGUGUUCUUUUUUUAUCAAAUGUCUAUUGUCAGUGAUGAAUGUAUUUAUUUCUGGUCCUGCCCUCACCUCUGCAAAGAAUGUGCUCAGUGUGUGAGACUGAGGUGGAGGCAGGACCCCUUUUUGUUAUUUUUUUGUUUUUGUUUUGAGGAUUUCAAGCUGAGAAUCAAAAGUGAGACCCAAGACAUAGCCAUUAACCACAAUAUGUGAAGUUGACUUUUUUGUGCGAGAACUGGUUUUUUUUUUCAACUAAAAGAAAAUGGUCUAUGGCAUUUAAUAUCAUCUUUCUCAGUUAUGACUGACAGUCUGUAAGGUUUUUAUUUCAUGUGAUUCACUAUGGGUGUUUUUUUGCCCAUGUGUUCUUGAGUUCUCACUGAAUGACUGCGCACCAGGGGAGUUGAACUUUAACCCCUUGUGUGUGUCUGUGGACACAGGCAGGAUACUGACAUGCCUGUGCAGAACGGAGGCUACUGUAUAUUUUCUAGCCUGCUCUCCCUGGGUGUUGCCAUGCUGCUGCCAUUUAAAAAAAAAAACAACAAAAAAAUAAAACACCCCACACACAUUCACAAACAUCCACAUAACAACUCUCUCUGCUGAAUCGCAGGGUGCUCAUGACUAUUGUUACAUUUCUUGUCUUAAACGACUCACCACUUCUCGUCUUUCUCAUUCAUAUCUGUUUUUAGUGUCUAUUAGUUCUACAUUGGAGGAUUUUAGAAACGUUGGGUGAGAUAGCUUUACUAAGUGCACUUUGUAUGUUUUUCAAAGCGUCAGGGAAGACCCAGGCGCUUUCAUAUCAGUUCCCAUUAACUGACGGUUUACUCUUUGUCUUUCUCUUCUUACCUCAUCCUUGUUCCUGUGUGUUUGUUGAAAUAUCAUAUCAUUAUGCAGUGUUACAAAAGCUUUAAAAUGAAUAUACAAAGCAGGAAACGCAACCGAACGAGUGUACUCGGCUCUACGUAUUCACGUUUCCAUUUCAUUUCUUGGUAUUAUUGUUGUUACACCUUGUAGGGGUGUGACUUUCCUCUCCAGGCAUGCUGUAGUAGAGGGGCUGGUCUGUCCAGUUAUUAUGGAGAUGCUCCUUCUUACCUAGGCAGACUAAACCAAAGCCAGUUUUAAAAUGGCCUCUGGUGCCGUUGAAGCAUUUCUCAGCUUUAUUGUCCCUUACUUUAUCUCAGAUACACCUGACUUCCUGCUUUAGCCCUCUGACCCUCUGUAAUCUCUGUUACUGCGCAGGCGCCUUUAUCCUCAGCUCUGCUGCAUUUUACAUUUUCACGUCAGUACUUACUGUACCUCCAUAUGCAGUAGUGACUGAAAAACACCAAAUUACCUCACAACUUUCAGUGUUUACAGAAAUGUGCUGUCUUGCCAUUACAUUUUAGCAUUUAUAUAUUUUUUUUUUUUUUUGCCGUCCAACAUUUUUUUUUAAAUAGAGUUUGUAGCAGCAUAAUUUUCAUACGUAACCUUUAAUUUACAUCUGUUUUUUUAUUUAAUUUACAAAAAGGCACAGUGUCACUUUGGUGUGCACUACAAGACAUGAUUAGCUGCUAAAAAAUGGUACUUGGAAGAGUUGAUCAGUGGAGCUCCUCAUGAAGUGGGUGUAUCAUGCUUCCUCUCUGAUCUGUUUUCUUCAGGAUCAUCCUCUCAAUAAUGUAUCAGGUUCCGUAGGCUGAGAGGCUCUGGAAUGGACAUGUAGGGUCUUUGCUGAUGAAUAAUUAAAGGACAAGAGGGCCCCCCCCCUUGGCAAACAAACUUCAUGUGCAAAGGUGUACACACCCAGGUGCACUUUUGCUGGCAUAUAUGCGCAUAGACCUCCACUCAUGCACACACAAAUGCCACCGUCUAGACUCCAAACAUAACCGAACAUGCAGACAGCAGUAUUUUAAGGUGAGGUUCUGUGACCCUUUUUGUGGAUUUUGGCAGCACCCAGGCAGGGCUCUCUUUAUCUCCACUCCUCAGAGAGCUCAUAUUCAGGUCAGAGCCACCGCCGUGCAUAGCGAUGGGGCUCGCAAACUCAAAGUGUCAUAAAAGUGUAAUACAGCUGACCUCAGCACUCACAACCUUGCAGUCUUAAUGUACAGCAGUGAGGAAAAAUAAACUGUUAUUUUAUGAUCUUUUCAUUAAAAGCUUGAUUGAAAACCAA